GAAAUGGCCACAAAACGUCCUUUCUCAGAAGAGGACUUCUCUUGUUCCGUGUGCUGUGAUAUCUUCAAGGAUCCGGUCCUCCUGCUAUGUGGUCACAGCUUCUGUAAAGCCUGUUUGCAACAGUUUUGGAGGACCAGGACGUCUCAGGUUUGCCCACUCUGCGGGAAAAGGUCCUCCAAGAAUCCCCCUAUUAAUUUGGCUUUAAAGAACCUGUGUGAGGCUUAUUUGCAGGAGAGAAGUCAGGGAACUUCCGCGAGGUCUGAGGGGCUCUGCAGUCUGCAUCGCGAAAAACUUAAACUCUUCUGUCUGGAGGAUAAACAGCCUGUGUGCGUGGUGUGUCAGUCAUCUAAAAAACAUAAAAAUCACAACUGCAGCCCCAUAGAUGAAGCUGCGCGAGACCAUAAGACGGAACUCAAGACUGCACUCAAGUCUUUACGUCAGAAGCUGGGAAUCUACGAGGAGGUUAAAUUAACAUGCGACAAAACAGCAGAAUACAUAAAGAUUCAGGCCCAACACACCGAAACGGAGAUCAUGAAGGAGUUUGAGAGGCUUCGUCGGUUUUUACAAGACGAAGAGGCGGCCAGGAUAACCGCCCUGAGGGAGGAAGAGGAGCAGAAGAGUCAGAUAAUGAAGGAGAAAAUUGAGGACAUGACUGAUAAAAUAUCAUUCCUUUCAGAGAGGAUCAGAGCCAUAGAUGAGGAGAUUAAAGCCGACGACAUCUCUUUCUUAACGAACUUGAAGACCACGAUGAAGAGAGCACAGUGCACACUGCAGGAUCCAGAGAUGCCUUCAGGAGCACUGAUCAAUGUGGCAAAGCAUUUGGACAACCUGAAGUUCAGAGUCUGGGAGAAGAUGCAGGAGAUUGUUCAAUACUCACCCGUGACCCUGGACCCCAACUCCGCUCACUCUCGACUUAUUCUGUCUGAGGACCUGACGAGCGUGGUAAACACCAACGAGAGACGGCAGCUUCCCAACAACCCCGAGAGAUUUGACAGAUAUUCAUGUGUGCUGGGCUCCGAGGGCUUUAACUCAGGGACGCACUGUUGGGAUGUUGACGUCGAGGGCUGCACGUAUUGGAUCGUUGGCGUGAUGAGGGAAUCUGCCGAGAGGAAGGGAACGUCAUUCUGGACCGGAGUGUGGUGUAUGCAGUAUUACAACAGGGAGUAUGAAACGUACUCACCCGAACAAACGUGGAUUGUCCUCAAAGCGAAGGAGAGACUGAAGAGAAUCAGAGUGCAGGUGGACUGGAUCGCGAACACGGUCUCGUUCUACGACCUCGUCAGCAACGCGUGUCUACAAACCUUGCCGCACAGGUUUACGGAGAGAGUCUUCCCGUUCUUCAGUAACUCUUGCAGAGACUCUCCUCUGAGGAUCUUACCGGUGAAGUCUUUUGUGACAGUGGCGCGACACAGUUAG